AUGAAUUGGCUAUCCUCCUCAUCCACUGCUGCUUCUACUUUUCUAUCACCUUCCGCUUUACUUCCUCCCCCAACUCAUGGGUUCUCUUCUGUUACCUUCAAAGUUUGGAAGAAAAAGAAUAGAUGUAUAAGGAAAGCUAGACGUAUUGAAAUCUCUGCAAAGUUUGUGCUGGAGCCACCACCAUAUCCACUGAAUGCUCUGGAGCCAAUAAUGAGUCAGGAGACACUCGAAUAUCAUUGGGGGAAGCAUCACAGGACUUAUGUAGAUAAUCUGAAUAGUCAAAUAGAUGGAACGGAUCUAGAGGAGAAGUCACUAGAGGACACUGUAGUUAUUUCGUACAAUAAGGGUGACUUUCUUCCGGCUUUCAACAAUGCAGCACAGGCAUGGAACCACGACUUCUUUUGGGAGUCCAUGAAACCCGGUGGUGGUGGAAAGCCAUCUGGGGAUCUUCUAAAGCUGAUUGAAAGAGACUUUGGUUCAUUUGAAAAAUUCCUUGACGAGUUCAAGACUGCUGCUGCAACACAAUUUGGUUCAGGAUGGGCAUGGCUUGCAUAUAAAGAAAGCAAACUUGACGUGGGAAAUGCUGUGAAUCCUCUUUCAUCUGACGAGGACAAGAAGCUAGUUGUGGUGAAGACUCCCAAUGCUGUGAACCCCCUUGUUUGGAACUACUAUCACCCACUUCUUACCAUUGAUGUCUGGGAGCAUGCUUACUACAUUGACUUUGAGACCCGGCGCCCUGAUUAUAUAUCAGUGUUCAUGGAUAAGCUUGUGUCUUGGGAUGCAGUCAGCUCAAGACUUGAGCAAGCUAAGGCUCGAAUGAUGGAGAGGGAAAAAGAAGCUGAGAGGAAAAAAAGAGAAGAGAAACCUAGAAGCAGUGAACCUAAUCCUGAGAUAUAUUCUGACAGUGAUGCUGAAUUGGGUGCAGAUGAGUAA